CAGGCUGUCUGGGUGUAAACAUGGCGGCACACCUGUCUUAUGGACGGGUAAACCUAAACAUUUUACGAGAAGCAGCGCGCAAAGACCUUCGAGAAUUUUUGGACAAAUGUGCGGGGAGCAAGGCUAUUGUAUGGGACGAAUACUUGACUGGGCCUUUUGGACUGAUCGCCCAGUACUCCUUACUGAAGGAACAUGAAGUGGAGAAGAUGUUUACCCUCAAGGGUGGGAGGCUUCCACCAGCCGAUGUCAAAAACAUCAUCUUCUUUGUGCGGCCACGCUUGGAAUUGAUGGACAUUAUUGCGGAAAACAUUCUAAGUGAGGACAAGAUGCAGAGCCCUCGUGAGUUCAACAUCCUGUUCGUACCUCGUCGGAGCAUGCUCUGUGAGCAGCGUCUGAAGGAGCAGGGGGUUCUGGGAGCCUUCACCAACAUUGACGAGUACAUCCUCGACCUCAUCCCCUACGACGGAGACCUGCUCUCCAUGGAGUCCGAGAGCGCUUUCAGGGAGUGUUAUUUGGAGAAUGACCAGACUAGUCUGUACCACACGGCCAAGGGGCUGAUGACACUGCAGGCCCUCUAUGGGACCAUUCCACAGAUCUUUGGCAAAGGAGACUGUGCACGGCUGGUGGCCAACAUGAUGCUGCGUAUGAAGCGUGAGUUUGCGGGCACCCAGACCCAGAUCCUGCCCGUCUUCGACACGCUGCUGCUGCUGGACCGCAACGUGGACCUGCUGACGCCGCUCGCCACGCAGCUCACCUACGAGGGCCUCAUCGACGAGAUCUACGGCAUCACCAAUGGCUAUGUGAAGCUGCCUCCGGAGAAGUUUGCCCAGAAGAAGCAGGGCGAGGGGGGCAAGGACCUGCCCACGGAGCCCAAGAAGCUGCAGCUGAACUCGGCCGAGGAGCUGUACGCCGAGAUCCGCGACAAGAACUUCAACGCCGUGGGGGCCGCCCUCAGCAAGAAGGCCAAGAUCAUCUCCGCAGCUUUUGAGGAACGGCACAAUGCCAAGACGGUGGGGGAAAUCAAGCAGUUUGUGUCGCAGCUGCCCCACAUGCAGGCAGCACGCACCUCGCUGGCCAAUCACACCUCCAUCGCUGAGCUCAUCAAAGACAUCACCACAUCUGACGCCUUCUUUGACAAUUUAACUGUGGAGCAAGAAUUCAUGACUGGAGUAGACACCGAUAAGGUGAACACGUACAUUGAGGACUGCAUUGCCCAGAAGGACCCACUGCUGAAGAUCCUGCGGCUGGUCUGCAUGCAGUCGGUCUGCAACAACGGCCUCAAGCAGAAGGUCCUGGACUUCUACAAGAGGGAGAUCCUUCAGACGUAUGGCUAUGAGCACCUCCUGACUCUGAACAACCUGGAGAAGGUGGGUCUUCUGAAGCCCCAGAUCAGCACCAGGAACAACUACCCCACCAUCCGCAAGACCCUCAAGCUCUGGAUGGAGGACGCUAACGAACAGAACCCCAAUGACAUCUCGUACGUGUACAGUGGCUAUGCGCCACUCAGUGUGCGUCUGACCCAACUGCUGGCUCGGCCGGGCUGGAGGAGCAUCGAGGAGGUCCUCAAGAUGUUGCCGGGACCACACUUUGAGGAGAGGCAGCAGCUACCGCCCGGACUACUCAAGAAACGCCAGCAGGGAGAGAACCGCACCACGCUGGUGUUCUUCCUGGGAGGGGUCACCUACGCGGAGAUUGCGGCGCUGCGUUUCCUCUCGCAGAUGGAGGACAGCGGCCACGAGUACAUCAUCGCCACCACCAAGCUCAUCAACGGCACUAGCUGGAUCAAGUCGCUCAUGGACCGGCCUGACCAGCAGAUAUGACCAGACCCAUCGACCCGACUUGAGGGACUCGCCAAAAACAUGGACAGAAAAUAAAUCUAUUGAAGACAGACCCCAAGCUCCCUGGCUGCAGCUGGAAAGAGUCGGACCGGCCCGACCAGCAGAUAUGACCAGCCAUCCCCAACUGAGUAGUCAAAACAUUGACAAAAAUCUAGAGGUGUCAUACCCAUAGUAACUCCCUGGGAUCAGUUUCAAAAUGGUGGCUGGGGUGGAAGUUGCUUGAAGUACAUAGAGAUGUAUGGGUGAGAUUUGCUUAAUUUCCAUGUGCAAUACAAAGAAAUAUGUAUCUGAAGCUACGGGAAUCUCUUCAGUUACUGUGGUUUACACUAAAUCAUGCAUUUAUCUGUAGUGAAAUUGGGCUUAAUGAAUUUAAAUACAUUUUAGAGCAUAAAUGUGACUGAACGGGGCUGUGUUUUCACCCCAGUGGCCAAUUGCUGUCUGUAUAGAGGUCAAUGGUAGAGGGAUCAACUGCGACACCUAAAGACUGUUGCCCAUAAAUCAAGCUUAUGACACCUCUUGAUACUCAAGCCUCUAUUCUUACAGCAUGAGGAAAGUAGAGUUGCCCCGCCUGUGUUUGAACCCAGGCCUUCAGGGUUUCCAAACUGGUGCUCUGACCACGACACUAGCUGGAUCAAGUGGCUCAUGGACUGAUCUGACCAGGCCCCC